GCGGCCAUGUUAACCCCCUGGCUAAGGGAGACUGACAACUGGGGAAGUAUCGCGAUAAAGGCACGUCAGGGGCCGUGCCGCCUUCUGCGAUAGCGCAGAGGGUUCAGUAUCCCCAUAAGGGGCGGGUAGUAGCUUUCAGCUAAGUGCCAGGGAGGAGAGGCGGGAAGCUCUGUCUGUACAGACAUCUACUGCUUCUGAAGAGCAACAGAAAAUGAGCAAGUCUCAGGGAUUUGUUUCAUUCAAAGAUGUGACUGUGGACUUUACCCAGGAGGAGUGGCAGCAGCUGGACUCUGCUCAAAGAAACCUGUACAAGGAUGUGAUGCUGGAGAACUAUAGCAACCUUGUUUCAGUGGAGUUUGAAAUUAGAACAAAAAUGAAAGAAUUAGCUCCACAGAAGAGCAUUUCUGAAGAAGUAAUACUCCAUAACAUGAUAGUAUACUCAGUUUUUGAAGCCUGGAAACUUGAAGAUGAGAUAAAUUACCAGGAAAACCAAGACAAGCUUUUGAAUCAAGUUACAUUUAUUAACAGUAAGUCACUGACUGAGGAGAUAGACCGAGAAUAUAAUGCACUGUGGAAAGUAGUUCAUCUGAACAGAACAUCUAAUGAACACAUCAGAGCCUUCAUACAUAAGUUUCACCUCUCUGCACAACCAAAGUUUCUAACAAGUGAAAAAUAUAAAUGUAUUCAGUGUGGGAAAGCCUUCAGUGGAAAGUCAGGACUUAUUGUACAUCAGAGAAUUCAUACUGGGGAAAAACCAUACAAAUGUAAUGACUGUGAAAAAGCCUUUAUUCAGAAGUCACAGCUCACUGUACAUCAGAGAACUCAUACAGGAGAGAAACCCUAUGAAUGUAGUGAAUGUGGAAAAGCAUUCAUCCAGAAGUCAAACCUCAUUAUUCAUCAGAGGAUUCACACAGGGGAGAAACCCUAUGAAUGCAAUGAAUGUGGGAAGGCUUUCAUCAAGAAGUCAACACUUAGUGUUCAUCAAAGAGCUCAUACGGGGGAGAAACCAUAUGAAUGUGAUGAAUGUGGAAAAGCCUUUAUCUGGCGGUCACAGCUCAUUGUACAUCAGAGAAUUCAUACUGGGGAGAAACCGCAUAGAUGUAAUGAGUGUGGAAAAGCCUUCAACAGGAAGUCAGAACUAAGUGUGCAUCACAGAAUUCAUACUGGAGAGAAACCCUUUGAAUGUAAUGAAUGUAAAAAAGCCUUCAUUCAGAAGUCAGAUCUCAGUGUACAUCAGAGAACUCACACUGGGGACAAAAGAUAUCAAUGCAGUGAAUGUGGGAAAGCCUUCAUCCGGAGUUCACAGUUCAUUGAACAUCAGAGAAUUCAUACUGGGGAGAAACCCUAUGAAUGUAGUGAAUGCAGAAAAGCUUUUAUCCAGAAAUCACAACUCAUUGUGCAUCAGAGAAUCCAUACUGGGACAAAACCAUAUGAAUGCACUGAGUGUGGAAAAGCCUUUAGCAAGAAGUCACACCUUACUGUACAUCAUAGAAUACAUACUGGAGAAAAACCCUAUGAAUGCAGUGUAUGUGGUAAAUCCUUCAGCCGAAACACUAGUCUUAUUCAACAUCAAAGAAUACAUACUGGAGAGAAACCUUAUGAAUGUAAUGAAUGUGGAAAAGCUUUUAGUCAGAGCACUAACCUUAUUCAACAUCAAAGAGUCCAUACUGGGGAGAAACCUUAUAAGUGUAAUGAAUGUGAAAAAGCUUUUAGUCAUAGGUCAUCCCUUAGAAAUCAUGAGAGAAUACAUACUGGAGAAAAACCCUAUCCUUGUAAUGAAUGUGGAAAAGUUUUCAGCCAUAUUUCAGCCCUUACUCAACAUCACAGAAUUCACACUGGAAAGAAACCAUAUGCAUGUGUUGAAUGUGGGAAAACCUUCAGCCGGAGCACACAUCUUAUAGAACAUCAAGGCAUUCAUUCUGGGGAGAAAUCCUACCAGUGUAAGGAAUGUAGGAAAGUUUUUUGCCACAGCUCAUCACUAAUCCGACAUCAGAGAACUCACACAGGAGAAAAACCGUACAAAUGUAAUGAAUGUGGAAAAGCCUUCAGCCAUAACCCAGCCUUCAUUCAACAUCAGAGAAUUCAUACUGGAGAGAAACCUUAUGAAUGUAAUGAAUGUGGAAGAGCUUUUAGUCAGAGCACUAACCUUAUUCAACAUCAAAGAGUCCAUACUGGGGAGAAACCUUAUGAGUGUAAUGAAUGUGAAAAAGCCUUUAGUCAUAGGUCAUCCCUUAGAAAUCAUGAGAGAAUACAUACUGGAGAAAAACCCUAUCCUUGUAAUGAAUGUGGGAAGGCUUUCAGCCAUAUUUCAGCCCUUACUCAGCAUCACAGAAUUCACACUGGAAAGAAACCAUAUACAUGUGUUGAAUGUGGGAAAACCUUCAGCCGGAGCACACAUCUUAUAGAACAUCAAGGCAUUCAUUCUGGGGAGAAAUCCUACCAGUGUAAGGAAUGUAGGAAAGUUUUUUGCCACAGCUCAUCACUAAUCCGACAUCAGAGAACUCACACAGGAGAAAAACCGUACAAAUGUAAUGAAUGUGGAAAAGCCUUCAGCCAUACCCCAGCCUUCAUUCAACAUCAGAGAAUUCAUACUGGAGAGAAACCCUAUGAGUGUAAUGAAUGUGGAAAGGCCUUUAAUCGGAGUGCACAUCUUACUGAACACCAGAGAACUCACACUGGAGAAAAACCUUAUGUUUGUAAGGAAUGUGGAAAAACUUUCAGCCGAAGUACACACCUUACUGAACAUCUAAAAAUACAUUCUGGUGUGAAACCCUAUCAGUGUAAUGAAUGUCAAAAACUAUUUUGCUAUAGAACAUCACUAAUUCGACAUCAGAGAACUCAUACAGAAGAGAAACCCUACCAGUGUAAUGAACGUGGGAAAUCCUUCAGCUUAAGCUCAGCCCUUACUAAACAUAAGCAAACACAUACAGUGGAGAAACCUUAUCAGAGUAAUGAAUGUGGGAAGGCCUGCAGCCAUAGGUCAUCCCUUACCCCUGAGCACUCACAGUAG